AUGGUUUACCCCGGAUUUCACAUUUGGAGAGGGAAGAACAUGCCAUUAAUGUACGACCUGAUCAUCUGCCACUCCAUAGAGUGGUCGUCCCUCACCGUCCACUGGAUGUCGUCGCCGCCCUCAUCAGACGGCGGGGAUCUCGCCGUCUACAAAUUGAUCCUGGUCAUUCUCCAAAGUCCAAUCUCCAUUCUGGCAUUCUCCAACCCCGCGGCCGACACUCAGUACUUGCAAAGAAAAAACCUAAUUUUUCAAAAUUCAUCUUCCAAGCUUAAAGCUCCCUACGGUCCUGCACGACGGAUAAUUGCUCCGGUCUCCCGCACGGCGCACGCUCCUGUCGGCAUUGGAGCUCAUACACCCGCAGCCCCGCACACACUCGAGUCGGCAAGCAAUGAGUUCGCCACCCAAAUCCCCUCACAAGGCCUGCGCCUCGACACUUGGUACAAAACGCAAAAAAAGGCGGUUCGGGAUGUUCGAGGACUUCGAGUUCAAGCCCACUACGACCGCCCCGUGCCUCAUCGAAUGACCGGGAUCCACAACAAGAAUUGGACAAUGAAAAUUCGGCCUUCGAGAAAGAAGACAUGGAAACAUCAAAUCCAUAUGGAGAGGAAGAGCAAGAAGGGGAAUCAGAUGAAAUGGAUGAGGGUGUUCCAAGAAAAAAGAAGUCGCCUCAGUUGGAACGAGUCCGUCCCCACUUGCGAGUGGGUGGGCGUAGCGUGCGACUCCGCCAACACCUCCGUCUUCUCUCUCAGGCUCCCCGGGGUGGGGCUCGUCGGCCAGAUUCCGGCCAGUUCUCUGAGUCAACUCAGCCAGCUCCGAGUCCUCAGCCUCCGCUCCAACCGCCUCUCCGGCCCUAUCCCGCCGGACUUCUCCCGUCUCCGGAAUCUCCGGAGCGUCUACCUGCAGGACAACCGGUUCUCUGGCGAGUUUCCGGCGGGCCUUACCGAGCUGAACCGGCUCGCCCGGCUGGACCUUUCCUCCAACAACUUCACCGGCCCAAUCCCUUUCGCCGUCAACAACCUCACCCACCUCACCGGCCUCUUCCUCGAGAACAACGCCUUCUCCGGCGUGAUCCCGAGCAUCUCCACGCCGGGUCUCACCCAGUUCAACGUCUCCGGCAACCGGCUCAACGGCUCCAUUCCCAGGGCCCUGGCAAGGUUCCCGGCGUCCGCAUUCUCCAACAACCUCCAAUUGUGCGGGGGCCCGCUGCCCCCCUGCACCCGCCCUUUCUUCCCGUCUCCCUCCCCCUCCCCGUCCCUCGGCCCUCCGGCGGGAACCACCCCGGCCGGGGGAGGUGGACGGAGGCUCUCGGCCGGCGCCAUUGCCGGCAUAUCGGUCGCCGGCGGUCUCCUCGCGCUCUUACUCCUUCUGGCCAUCGCCUUCAUCGUCGUCAAGAGGAGGAGGAGGGGGCGGACGGAGGCCCCGAAAUCCCAGAAACCGGUGGCCGCGGCGGCGGCCGCCGCUGGCGGUGCGGCGGGGGACGCCGGGACGUCGUCCUCGAAGGACGACUUGACGGGGGUUUCUGGGGAGGGAGGGGAGAGGAACAAGCUGGUGUUUUUUCCGGGCGGUGGCUACAGUUUCGACCUGGAGGACCUGUUGAGGGCGUCGGCGGAGGUGCUGGGGAAAGGGAGCGUGGGCACAAGCUACAAGGCGGUGCUGGAGGAAGGCACGACGGUGGUGGUGAAGAGGCUGAAGGACGUGGCCGCCGGGAAGAGGGAGUUCGAGCAGCAGAUGGAGGUGGUGGGGAACGUCAGCCAUCAAAAUGUGGUGCCCCUCAGAGCCUUUUACUAUUCCAAGGACGAGAAAUUGUUGGUCUACGACUACAUGCCCGCCGGCAGCCUCUCCGCCCUCCUCCACGGCAGUCGAGGGUCGGGCCGCAGCCCGCUUGACUGGGACAGCCGGCUGAGGGUGGCGACAAGCGCCGGUCGAGGGCUGGCCCACCUCCACACCACCGGAAACGUGGUCCACGGCAACAUAAAAUCCUCCAACAUCCUCCUCCGAGAUGACGGCACUGCCUCAGUGUCCGAUUUCGGCCUCAACCCCCUCUUUUCUAGCUCCUCGUCCCCGCCCAACCACCGGGCUGCGGGCUACCGGGCCCCUGAGGUGCUCGAGGCCCGUAAGGCGACCUUCAAGUCCGACGUGUACGGCUUCGGCGUGCUGCUCCUGGAGCUUCUAACGGGGAAGGCGCCCAACCAGGCGUCGCUGGGGGAGGAGGGGAUCGAUCUGCCGCGGUGGGUGCAGAGCGUGGUGCGGGAGGAGUGGACUGCGGAGGUGUUUGACGUGGAGCUGAUGAGGUACCAGAAUGUGGAGGAGGAGAUGGUGCAGCUGCUCCAGAUAGGGAUGGCGUGCGUGGCCACGGUGCCCGACCAGAGGCCCCCAAUGGAGCAGGUGUUGAGGAUGAUAGAGGAUAUGCAUAUGGGGAGAGGUGGGGAUACCGAUGAUGGGAGAGGGGGUUCCGAUAGCCAGACGCCCCCCAUCGAGUCCAGGGCUUCGCCUUCGGGUAUUACGCCUUAG